AUGGCUGUGUCGGCACGGAUGUUGACGGAGAAGGUGAUCAGGUCCAUGUUCAACCACACCGGGAACCGGACGAUUGCAUUCUCUCAGAAUGCUGUGAACCGGACAGGAUCCUCGGGGAACUCGACCUCCAAUCUGAUUUCAAAUUUGGUGUUUGCUGAGAGCAAGUCGGUCAGGACCUCGACAAUAAUUCUCGCCACCUUUAAUGUACUGGCCGCUCUGGCCACCGCCAGUAGUAUUUUGUACGACUGUUAUUGUGCCUCGAAGAGAUGCAAUCCAAGACUCAAGGCAUCGAAAAUCUGCGUCUCGUCGAUACAUCCAGCUGAAACUUUUCCUUUGGUGUUGGCACUAGGAAUUGCUAUUCAAGGUCUUGUAUUUGCCGGAGUGCAAGGAGAAGGACUUUCAUCUCUAUUCGUUCAGAAUACGUGCGGAUUAAUUGCGCAGUUCCUGUGGCCUGCUCUGUUCGUAGUCCCAUUUAUCCAGCUGGUAUUUGGAGCAGAAUGCGCCAUCCGAUCUUUCCGAAGCAUAGCAUUUCAGGCAAGAGGCAAAUGGGAUGUCACUAUUUGCCUCGGAGUCAUACUCGUCAUGAUCAUCGGGGUCUGGAUACCCGCCCACGUCCGGCCACAACCCGAAUCAUGCUUCGCAUCGUUGAUCUGGUUUGUUUCCGGACUUGGACUAUUGGGUUUUGUUUUGCUCUGCAUUACAGGCGUAUUGAUGAUUGCUGCUGCCGUUACAAUCUUUAUGAGAUUAUCUACCGUAAAUCUAAUCGACCAGCAUCAGCGAAUUGCGGCGUCUCGGAUCGUGUACUACUUGAUUCUUGGUAUAAUCUCACUGGUAUUCGUUACUCCAUUUUUCUACACGUUGAUUGACAAAGAGGGGGACAUCAAGCUCUCUAUGAUGGCGACUGUGGUUCUGAACUUGUCGGGUUUAAUGAGCGGUCUGCUGCACCUGUUCUUACGGUCGAAUACCACCACGACAUCCUUCGCACCCAAGACUAUGACAAAAGACUGGGAUCACCCAAGACAUGCUCUCCGGAUGUUUGGUCCAAACGAAUUGGCAAUGCGGGCGCAUUUGAUCAACCCAGUAACUGGACCAGAUACACUAAGAGACGACCUGGAGAGCCGUGCGAGUCGCCCUGAAAGCGAUGCCAGUCUCAUCGGGUUUGAGAAGGGACGAGGAAUAUAUAUCGCGUCCCUUCGGAGCACACCAUACGAACCACAAAAAUACCUGGAAACGGAGAUGAGCCCUAUGCCAAAGAUCUCUCGAGCGGCAGACGCUGUCAACCCUGGCCCAGCAGUGUCGGGACGAGCACUCGCAGGAAAUCCAUCCUACUCCCUCUUCCCCGCUGAGAAUCAUAGCCCAUUGAGAAACAGCCCAAAGAGGGACUCGGUCUACGACAUCAGCGACAUCAGCGACAUCAACGAAAUCAGCGACUUAGCGCCCCCACCGCCUCUCAGGCACACCGGUGGCCCACGGCACAAAAGAAACUCCUCAGACGGCUCGUCAGCGACGGUGCAAAUCGGGCUCCGACUAUCACACGCUCCCCCAACCCCUCAAGAAGACCUUGAUACUCUCCCCUUGCCAUCUACAACAUAUAAGGGAUCGACCUUACAAGUACCCGGGGCACGAAAGGCGUCCUCCCCCCGCAGUGCCCCCAGAUUAGCAACACCCCCGAACACCUACUCCGCCGCCUCCGAACGAUCACUCCCCCCUUCCCCGGCUGCCGCAAAGACGAAAGCAACAUCCGCAGGCGCACCGUUAAAAGUGCAGACAAACUUUGCCUCGCUCACUUCUUCGAAGCCGGGUCUCGUCACGCCCGUCAGCACAAGUCGGAACCACUCGCCCCAACUAAGAACCCCGACAUCGAUGAAUAAGGCGUUUCCCCUAACGCCCAAGGUCUACCUACCACAAAUAGAAAAGAUCCGCGAGUCGAUCACUCAGCUCAGUCCGACAGUGUACACGCCUAGCCCGGCGGUGUACUCGCUUAGCCCGACUGUUUAUUCGCCCGAGAAGAAGGUCACCGUUCCUGCUAGGAGCCCACUGCAUGUCACUCCGCCCGGGUCGCCUGAGGCAGGCCCAUCUAAGACGCGGCCGCCGCUGCGCACCAAGAUGGACUGGAUUUGA